AUGACUCCCGAAUAUGAUUAUCUAUUUAAGCUUUUGCUUAUCGGAGAUUCUGGUGUUGGGAAAUCAUGUUUACUUUUGAGGUUUUCUGAUGAUUCAUAUUUGGAAAGUUACAUCAGUACCAUCGGUGUCGACUUCAAAAUCCGUACCGUGGAACAAGAUGGAAAAACCAUCAAACUCCAAAUUUGGGACACUGCUGGCCAAGAACGUUUUCGGACAAUUACUAGCAGCUAUUAUCGUGGGGCCCAUGGCAUCAUUAUCGUUUACGAUGUGACAGACCAAGAGAGUUUCAACAAUGUGAAGCAAUGGUUAAACGAAAUCGACCGCUACGCCACCGAGAAUGUGAACAAGGUUUUAGUCGGGAACAAAUGUGACCUAUCGGCCAAAAAAGUUGUCUCCUAUGAGGCAGCUAAGGCUUUCGCAGAUGAACUCGGGAUACCUUUCAUGGAAACAAGUGCUAAGAAUGCCACUAACGUCGAAGACGCUUUCAUGGCCAUGACUGCUUCGAUCAAGAAUAGGAUGGCAAGCCAACCGGCCAUGAACAAUGCUCGGCCUUCGACCGUGCAGAUUCGGGGACAGCCCGUGAAUACGAAUUCUGGUUGUUGCUCUUCUUAA